AUAUUAAUUUAACAUUAUAUAUGUUAAAUAAUAAUUAUUCUAGAAAUGCUGAAAAAAUUUUUUACAAUUGCAUGUAUAGAUUGUUCCAGGAUCAUCGAUAAAAAUUUUGUGUGUAUAUUAUUGAAAUCAGUCCAAUAUUAUAAUAUAUGUGAAUGCAAUCAUACUUGGUUCUCUGUUCUUGGCGAGUCCCUUUUAUUCACCUAACAAGUGAAUUUUUUUCACGAGAAAUGCACCAUCUUGGGAUAGAUAAUAAAGCCCUCAAAAAUGAAAUGAUCUUUGUUAAAACUCAAUUAUAGAGUAAAUUCAAUAUUUUUUUCUGUCAAUUUUAAGAGCUAAAUUUUAUCACUAAUAAUAAGGAACGUAUUUAUUGUAUAAAAUUGAAAGUACGUGCACAUUGUGUUACUUUUACACUUUUUUUUAGUUAUUCUAAUAAUUUAACACUUUACUUGAGUUAACACAGCGAUAUUAAAGUAGCCCGCUGUGGAUUCUUACUUGUUCCCCAAUUAAACAUUACUUUCAUAAAGUAAUGUUUAAUCAGCACACGAAAUUCUUUUUUGUCCAUUUUUUGAAAAUUACUCGACUUCCUCAAUUCAAACGAACGCCAAACACAAAGAAAUAGUCCGAUCUGGCUAAAACUUUGUGUGUGUUCUUCCAAGAGAUGCUACUAACUGAAAAUAAUCUCGAUACGCACUAGUAGUGCUAUCUCUCUGACUUUGCACGGACUUUUCAAAUCACCCACGUACAGUGUAAUAUCUAGUUUACAAGGACGACAUAAAAUAUAUAUUGUAUAUUUAUUAUUAAAUUCUAUUUUAUAUAUUAUUGAUAAUAUGUUAUUUAUAUAUAAUUAAAUUAAAAUAAGUUUAGAAAUUAUAUUUCAUAUUUAUGUAAAUAGAACUUAAAAAAAUAAGCUUUAAGUAUCAAAACUGGUCUUAUUUUUUAAUUCUGUUAGUAUAAUCUAGAAAUAUAUAAGAUGUUUAUAAUGAGAAAUAGUAACGACAAGCAUAAUAUUUCGACUGCCAAUACACUUUUGUCAGGAUUACUACACUCGCGUUGUUUGUAUUGAUAAUUUUUGUUCGAAACUUUUGCUAGAAAAGUAUUGUACUCAUCUUAUACCCGUCUAUAGCUGUAAUCAUCGGUACUUAUAAUAUUACAAUAUUUAUAAAAUUUGUUACUUUACGCUACAUUCUAAAUGCAUAAAAUAAUAUAUAUUCCAUUUUAUCUUUUCAUAGCUUUUUUGAACUUAAUCUUUCUCUAAGUACAAAAUUAGUGCAAUUAGAUAGUAUUCAAUGAAAUAAAUGGAAAAAUAAAUUCACUUCUUGCGUUCAACAAACCGUUUCUAACUUUCGUACAAGAUGCACUUCAUUGAAGAACAAUACUACAAGAUCAAUCGUUUCCUUCUUCUACUACUCGGUAUUUGGCCCUACCAAAGUUCGAUACUUGCAAAAGCACAGAGGCUAUUUGUAUUUAGUUUUCUUGUGAGCGGAAUUUGUGUUGAGUUAGCCAUAUUCAUCACACAUGAAUUCAACACAGCUGUCAUUAUCGACGUUUUGUCAUUUAUCUUUCCUACUCUCGUAACCGUAAUAAAAUACUACUAUUUUUACAUUAAAGCAGAAACUAUAAAACAGUUAUUGGAAUGUAUUCAACUCGAUUGGAACUUGCUGAAGGAUAAGCAUGAACGUAAGAUAGUAGAAUCAUAUGCCGAAAACGGAAGAUUAGUUACUGUUGUUGUAACAUCUAUUGCUACAUUUAUGGGAUUGUAUCUGCAUCAUGCUUCUAGUUUAUUGAAAAUUGCGAGCUAUCGAAUUGAACAUGCAAUAGAUACAGAAUGUGUACAACAAAUUGCUCCAUUAAAAAGAGAAUAUGUUAUGUACAUGAGGGUAAUGCGAGCCGUAAAUAUCCAACAAAAAGGAUUAAAGUUCACGAAUUGCCUCCUAUCUUCUUUCUCAGGAAUGUAUUUUAUUCUAAUCAUAUUAGGCGCGGGUGCUGUAAGUGUAUAUAUGUUUCAAGUAAGUAGUAUAUUCUAUAAAUACACUAUUUUUUUAAUCCAUUUUCAGAUAUUGAGCUACUUUCGAAAUAAAAAUCUAAUCAUAUUUCAGUUUCUGAGAAACUUGCAAACAAACCGUGAUAGUCGCGAAAUGUUUUUAAUCUUAUCAAUGCUAGUUGGACAUUUCUUAUAUAUGUUUCUUGCGAAUAACAGAGCGCAAGACUUUUCAGAUCAUUGUAACAAUGUAUUUUUUGCAGCGUAAGUAUGUGCGUGACUCAGAUUAAAUAUGAUUACAUUGUUAAAAAUAUAGAGAAAGAAAAGUAUUGAAAAAUCAAAUUUAUAAGUUAGACCCUAUCUCAAAUUUAAAAUGUUUAUGUUCACUUUAUUAUUAUUAAUAACAGUCUUUAUAAUACUUAUCUAAAAUACUUGUUUUUAUAAAAACUUAUAGAUAUAAUUCAAUGUGGUAUAUAGCGCCGCUCCGAAUUCAGAAAUCAAUAUUGUUCUUACUACAAUACUGCACCAAAAACUAUACCGUUAUUUUUGGUGGUUGUUUCGUCAGUUCAUUAGAAGGUUUUGCCACGGUAAUAAGUAAUAGUUCAGUAAUAAUGAACGAUUGUCUCCCACAGUAACCUUAUCUGAGUGCAUGAACCUAAAUAAAGAAUAUAUUUUUUAGAUACUAAGUUCAUCGUUGUCCUAUUUUAUGGUAAUUUAUUCUACACAAUUAAAGGACGAAAAAAUGGAAAAAUAAAAGCAUUUUGAAAUAUCAUUAAAAGAAAUAAAUUGCAAAACUCAAAUUGUUUUUGUUUGAAAAUCAUGAAGUACUACACUUUAAUUUUUUGUUUGUUCUAUUAAAUGUUGGCAUAGCAUGCCAAACAGAUAAAGCAUUGCGCAAAAAUUUAAAGAUUAGGAAAA